AAAUCUUUUAAUGUUAAUGGCUGUAGAUGGUAUCGAAUGACAAAUUCAAGAGUGUAGCUCAUAGAGUGACAGCCAACCACAAUGGACCUAGAAUUUCUGUGGCAUGCUUCUUUUUCGGAGAUGGUGGAACGGAUGAGAAGCCAUACGGCCCUAUCAAAGAGUUAAUCUCAGAGUCAAGUCCUCCCCGAUACAAAGAAUUCCUUGUUAGGGAAUUUGUGAUCAAAUUUUUGUCCAGACCACUAGACAAGUCUGGUCUUGAUUAUUACAAGAUAUGAAGUUAACAUGACUGCCAUCAUAGAACAAUGGUAUUUUCACCGUCCGAGAAACAAAGAUGAAAGUCUAAUAAUGGUGCUUUUGAACUGAAUAGAUUAUAUCAAGUUUCAGUAAUGCUAUGUUGGUGUUGUCGUUGUUAUUACUUUCCAGAUUCUGCAAGAACAUAGAAAUUGCCAGAAAAUGUUCUUAACU